UUGCCGCAAGAGGGCGCUGUGCACAAGGCAGGCAGAGGAAGCAGUAAAGCAAGUCUACGUUGUGCGCGGACGCCUGCGUGUAGACAAUCGCGCCGGGUUUGGCUCCCCUCUUUCUCCAGAGGCACGGGUUGGACCCACGGACCCGGCGUGAUGGUGGUUGGUACCGGAACCUCCUUGGCGCUGUCCUCCCUCCUGUCCCUGCUGCUGUUCGCUGGCAUGCAGAUAUACAGCCGCCAGCUGGCCUCCACCGAGUGGCUGACAAUUCAGGGGGGCCUGCUGGGCUCUGGCCUUUUCGUCUUCUCCCUGACUGCCUUCAAUAAUCUGGAGAAUCUGGUCUUUGGUAAAGGUUUCCAAGCAAAGAUCUUCCCUGAGAUUCUCCUCUGCUUGUUGUUGGCCCUCUUUGCAUCUGGCCUCAUCCACCGCGUCUGUGUCACCACUUGCUUCAUCUUCUCCAUGGUUGGUCUGUACUACAUCAACAAGAUAUCCUCCACUCUGUACCAGGCAACAGCUCCAGUCCUCACGCCAGCCAAAGUCACUGGCAAGGGCAAGAAGAGAAAUCAACCCUGAAUGACAAAUAAAGUGGAUUCUUUGUA